AUGAAAUAUAUGAAUAUAGAUUUUUUCUCCAAAUGCUAUCAAAAUGAGGAAAAUGCAGGGGCGGCAUUGGUUGCUGUUAAUUUAAUGCUUUUGUUUUCUAUGCUUUUGUAUGGAAUAAAUUAUAUACUAAUGAAAUAUUUUAUUAUGAUAAAUGGAUCGAUAUAUAUUUUUAUUAUAUUAAGAACACUCCUUACAUUACCAUUUAUGUUUUAUAUAUAUUUGUCCAAAAAGUCGGAACCCCAAAAAAAAAAAUUAUUACACAAUGUUAAUGAAAUGUAUAAUGAACAAAUCGAGAAAAAUUAUAAUGCAUGUAUUAAUAAUAGUAAAAAAAAGACAAAUAAUAAUACAAAAGUUAGCGAUAAUAAAAAGGGAAAAAAAAAUAAGAAUAAUAAAAAUUCAAACGACCAAAAAAAUGAAGAAAAUGAUAUAGUACUAAAUUUAGAAAAUUCAGAUUCAUGCUGUUUUAGUAAAAUUACAAAUAGCGAUGAAAAAUUAAUACCAAGAUCAGCUUAUAUCCCAUUAAUUAUAUUAUCAGUGACAAGUGCCUUAAGACAAAUUAUUGUCAUAAUUGCUUUACAAUAUACUGAUUCACAUAAUGCUGCUAUUAUUCAACCAACUAUACCUAUAUUUACAGCUUUAAUGUCGUAUUAUUUAAAAAUCGAAAAACUUAACUAUAUGUCAUUUUUAGCUAUAUUGUUAUCCUUUAUUGGUUUAGGUAUAACAGUCGAAAUUUGGAAUUUACAGUCAUUUGAUUUUGGCUUUUUAUUAUUAUUAACUGUACCAUUCACAAAAGGAUUACAAGUAAUAUACAUAAAUAUUGCUGCGAAAUAUGUAAGUAAUGAUGUAAUACAAUUUUGUCAAAUGGGUAUAUUAUUUUUAAUUACUUUACCAUAUGGUAUAUUAGGAGAAAUGUUUGUUAAUAAUAAUUAUAACAUUAUGAAAGAAAUAUGUAGUUUAACUAGAAAUCAAUUUAUAUGUAUUGCAUAUUCAACUAUUGGUGUUAUAUAUUUUUGCUGGAAAAUCCAAAUAGUAGCUUUAAAUUAUUUAACCCCAGUAACAGUUUCAUUAUAUCAAUCAUUUCAGCCCGCCUUUACAUUUGUUUUAGCAAGAAUAUUUCUGAAUGAAACAAUAAAUUAUAAUAAAUAUAUAGGAACUGUUUUUAUCAUCAUAUCCUUGGUACUUUACCAGCACAGUUGUAAAAAAUUUACAAAAGUGUGA